AUGAGUGAUUCUGUCGGACAGACGUCGAUAGACGACCACUCUGCAAGUACUAACGCGCCCACGGACAUUAGUGUGCCUUCCCUACACGACCGCGAGCUGUAUGCGAGAUCAGCUGAUCCCUCCGCGAGCGCUAGCUCUAUUCGAGAAGCUCCUACUAGUCUGCCCGUCCAAUCUACAGCCUCUUGUGGCCCACUCGACUCAUCGGACGAGGAACCAAAGGAAAUUAGAGUGGUUUCGCCCCCCUUUGAAACGUGGUACGACGAUUGGAACGUGUUUUUUGCUCGGCUGCAAGACUAUCAAGACCGUACGAAGCAGUUGUACAGUGUUCGGUCUACCGUGAAGGCGACAACGCGUAAUGCAGUCAUCAAGGCGAAGAAGAAAUGGUCUGAGACCGAGCUCAUUCCCGAAUCAUUUGGAGACUAUUACAAGAAGAUGCUGUGCACACAUGGUUGGAACAAAAGUGAGAGGGGAGACGGCCGAAGGACCGGACAUAGAGGACGUAGCACAGGAUGUGGAGUUGUUCUCUGCGCGACUGUGACACGUUGCCCUGAAAGUCUCAACUUCAGAGUAAAAGUCACUGUUCACAAGCGGGUUCACAAUCACCGGCUAGGGAAAGACAUCUACGACCACUAUCCUGUCAAUAGGCGUGUUACGGACCCCGACGUUCUCGACAUUGUCGAUGAGCUAGUCAAGGCUGGUGGAAAACCGAAGAAGAUACUAAAGUAUCUCCAAGAGACAACAGGCAAAAGCGUAACCUUACGGGACGUGCACAAUUUGGUGCAGCGAUUGAAGGCGAGGCGGCGCGGAAUUGCAACUGUCGAAGAUCGACUGGAGGCUGUACUGCGUAAGUUUUGCGCUUUCCGUGGCAAUACUGCCUCUAUCUUCGUGGACGAGACGGAGACUACGCAAACGAUCACACUACAGACAAGACAGAUGCAUCGGUUCUUUGAGGCUUUCCAGAGGUGCUCAUGCUCGACUCCACACAUGGAACGAACGUAUCCAAGUAUAAGCUGUUCAGCUUCAUGA